GAAGUGAAAUGAAAUGUGUAAGGUGUUCUGGACUUCGGGGAGGUUACAUGGAUAAAAUGUUCGAUGUGGAGAAUAUGGUGGAAAUGAGUUAUCGAAUAUUCAGAAAUGAAAUUUAUCGGGAUUACUUGAACCUGUGGAAAAGAUUUUUAAAUUACAUGGAGCUUUCCUUCUUCAAUCUAAAUUCAAUGGAGAGAUCAAACCAAGUGGGGAAAAACACUACGACUUGGUCUACCUCCAAUCCAGUGCUGGUGCUUUCAUGGCGAGGCAACUUCAGGUCUGGCAAAUCGUCUUAUCUAAAAGCUGUGGAGUUCCUGGAGGAUACCGUUCUGUCCGGUGAACCCUUAAACCGAAAAGUUAUGGCGUUUAGCAGGAGUGAGAAUAAAUACUCCGUGAUAUUUAAGUAAUUAAAACAGACUGUACUUAAAAAUAUCUAAAUAAAUGAUAAU